GAAGAAGAAGAAGAAGAAGAAGAAGAAGAAGCCUAUUUCUUAUCAAAUUGUCGUUGGCCACUCCUACAUACUAUGGAAGUGAACUUUACACAGGAAUGUUUUUAAGAUAGUGGGGCUGGUCUGAUGUUAGAAUACAAUUAGAUGUUUAUGCAUUUACUGGACCUGAUAAUGGGGAGUACGAUAGCGAAAUGUGCAGCUACAGACCUGGGAAUCCAGUGGGCUGGAUGGGCCAUAUCAGCAGCUCUCAAAACCGAGAAGUUCUAUGAUUUAGCAGGGUCUGGCACAUUUAUAUUACUUGCCCACCUGAGUCGCUAUUGGGGAGGGACUCGUCAUUUGAGGCAAAAUGUGCAGACUGGAUUGGUGACAGCAUGGGGAGUAAGGCUUGGUACAUUCCUUUUCAUGCGGAUCGUGAAGGACGGCAAGGAUCGCAGGUUUAACAAUGUCAGAGACAGCCCAGGGACAUUCUUUGUGUACUGGAAUGUUCAAGCUGUCUGGGUGUUUAUGACGCUCUUACCCACCCUCAUGCUGAACAGUGAGCAGCGAGAUGAGCCCUUGGGCCUGAGGGACUACCUGGGCUGGGGGAUAUGGGGCCUUGGCUUUGCCACAGAGGCCAUCGCUGACCAGCAGAAGUGGCUCUUCAAAGGGAACCCAGAUAAUGCUGGAAAGUUCAUCCAGAGCGGGCUGUGGGGCUACAGCCGGCACCCUAACUACCUCGGGGAGAUACUGCAGUGGUCUGGACUCUGGCUCUCGGCUUCCUCUGUGAUGAAGGGUCCCCAGUAUGCCAGUGUGCUAUCUCCUCUGUUUGUCUGGUUCCUGCUGCGUCACGUCAGUGGCAUUCCCAUUCUGGAAAAGCAGGCCAUGAAGAAGUGGGGUUCAGACCCUGCCUUCCAGAACUACGUCAAGAACACUCCUCUCCUCUGGCCAACUCCCAAGUUCUGAUGGGUUACACACUUUCUAAUAGGGUGUUCUGGCACAAGGGGAACUUUCUGAACAGGACCACUGUAAUCAUCAAGCACCCAAUGUGCUGGUUCUCUACAACAGUCUCAUAUUCGAAGCACACACACUGAAACUUCAAGGUUUUUACUUUUGUUAUUGUGCGAAACAAAUCAUCCAGAGAAGACACAGCCUGACAGACAUUCUGAAUGUGGAACAAAAAUGCUUUGAUAUAAACUCCCUUUUAUGCAAUUGCUGUGCAAUAGCUUACUGUUGUAUGUUUACAGGCAAUAAAUUAAUAUGCUCUUUAAA